AUGAAACGUGCUGAGUCCCCUGAGGGCUACUGGGCUGGCGCGCUGUACAAAGAGGAGGCACACAUCUUCAAAAGCAUCAUGACUUGUGGUAAUGGAUUCCAGGGACGCCUGUUCAGCUGCGCCUCGGCCUGCGGGCCCCGGCCAGGCCGCUGCUGCAUCACUGCCGCCCCCUACCGCGGCAUCUCCUGCUACCGCGGCCUCACAGGAGGAUUCGGAAGCCACAGCGUGCGCUUCCUGGAGCAGCAGAACAAGCUGCUGGAGACCAAGUUGCAGUUCUACCAGAACCGCGAGUGCUGCCAGAGCAACCUGGAGCCGCUGUUUGAGGGCUACAUUGAGACUCUGAGGCGGGAGGCCGAGUGUGUGGAGGCUGAUGGUGGCAGGCUGUCUGCUGAGCUCAACCGUGUGCAGGAGGUGCUGGAGGGCUACAAGAAGAAGUAUGAAGAAGAAGUUGCGCUUCGGGCCACAGCAGAGAAUGAGUUUGUAGCUCUGAAGAAGGACGUGGACUGCGCCUACCUGCGCAAGUCAGACCUGGAAGCCAACUCGGAGGCGCUGCUGCAGGAGAUUGACUUCUUGAGGCGACUGUAUGAGGAGCUUUGGCUACCGCUCCGGAGGCGUGUGCGGCCCCAGCCCGCCCUGCAUCACCAGCGGUCCAUCAACGAGAGCCUCCUCACGCCCCUCAACCUGGAGAUCGACCCCAACGUGCAGUGCGUCAAGCACGAGGAGGAGCAGAUCAGAGGCUGCCUUUAUCGACAAGAACUUGGGGAGCUUGUCUGGAGGUUCCAGCAGGACAGCACAGCUACUCGUAUAUCCUUGGCCAAGGAACGGUCCUCCUCUGAUCGUCCUCUUCAGCUGAGCAUGCAGCUCCAGGAGGGAGCUGGGAGCGUAUGCUUCCUGGAACAGCAGAACAAGCUGCUGGAGACCAAGAUGCGGUUCUGCCAGCACAAGUGCCACAAGAGCAACCUGGAACCACUAUUUGAGGGCUACAUCCAAAUGGUUAUGCGGGGGCUAAGGAGGACCACGAUGACCCAGUCUGAGCAGCAGGGUGAGGCGACCCUCAACGACACCUACUGCAAGCUGGCAGGGCUGGAGGAGGCCCUGCAGAAGGCCUAGCAGGACGUGGCCUGCCUGCUCAAGGAGUACCAGGAGGUGAUGAACUCCAAGCUGGGCCUAGACAUCGAGAUUACCACUUAUGAGAACCUGCUGGAGGGCGAGGAGCAGAGGUUGUGUGAGGGUAUCGGUCCUGUGCCUAUAAGUGUCAGCAGGUGACCCAGCAGGGUCAUGUUCAGGGACUCGUGCAUGCUGGGCUCUCAGCCCAUGACAGGCAACGUCUACAGUGCCCCAUGCAGCAGGUGGAACGUGACAGGGAGCACCUGCCCAUGUGUGCCCCAUGGCCAGAGCUGCAGCAGCUACUGCUCCAUACACAUCACAUAG